AUGCAGGGCACGCUGUGGUCAUGGCUGGCAGACGCGCGCAAGUCGUCGGCAGGCGCAAAGUCGACGCCGGAUUUGAUGCUCGAUGGAUCGGCGCCUGAAUUGGGUCACCCGAUCAGGGAGAUCAAUGAGAGCCGGGCCGGCCAAUCGCGGUCGGCACGUGUUGCUGCGGCGGUCGAUGCCGUCCUUGGCCCGCUCCCGCCACGCCUCGUCGACCCUCAUGUCCAGUGGGAGGUGCCGAGCCGGGACGAGCGACUCGCGGCUGCGCGCGAGCGCUCCAAGUGGGUCUCGCUCCACCGGACCGACUCGUGGUCGGACAUUCUGCCGUCCGACGAUGAGUCUGUGCUCUCAGACGACUCAUGGUCCGACGACGGGCUCCGAUCCGGACUCUCGGAUGACGGCUCGAUGUCGACGUUUGGCACGCCGCGGAGCUCACGGCGGCGCGGACGCCGGCGGCGGAGCAGCUCGGCGAGCUCUGGCGGGUACGGCACAGCCCGCUGUCGGGAACGGAAAGGAUUGCGCGCCGGUGGCGGCGGCGGUGGCCAGGUCUCGUCGCUCGAGUUCUCGUCCGAGGCCGACGACGGUGGCGGACCGCGAGUGGACAUGUCGUUCGGCGGCUCGGGUGAGCUGGUGCGGACCCGAAGCGGGACCGGACCGCAGGGCGGACUCGACCGGAUGUACGAGAUGCUUGAGACGGCGCGCGAGUCCAAGCAGGCGACGCUCCACGUGCCGAUCAUUGGGCUCACCCGCGUCCCGGAGCGCAUUGCACGACUGACCGAGCUCGAGGAGCUGCGAAUCAACUCAAACAUGAUGACGACGCUGCCGGCGUCGAUUGGUCGGCUCGCGCGGCUGCGUGUGCUCGAGCUGCGGCAGAACCACCUGACGUCGCUCCCUCGCGAGAUUGGCGACCUCAAGGCACUUGUCUCGCUUGACGUGUCGUGGAACAAGCUCGAAGUCCUCCCGGGUACCAUUGGCAAGUGCUCGCGUCUCAAAGUGCUUGUUGUUUCACACAACAAGCUGGUGCAGCUCCCGCAGGAGAUCGGAUUCCUUCUCGGGCUCGAGGUGCUUGCCGCCGACGACAACGAGCUCACCUCGCUCCCGCCGUCGUUUGGCUACCUCCAGCACCUGCGGACGUUUUCGGUCUCUGAGAACUCGCUGCGGUCACUCAUUCCGCAAAUCGGCCUGCUAACGCAGUGUGAGUCGUACGACAUUUCCCGGAACCCGACGGUGGCCUCGCUCUCAAUGCCUCUGUGGUUUCUCGGCGAGCCGAUCCCGCAGAAAACGGCGUGGCUGCUCGACGGCGUCUUUGUGACCUUUGCUUUUGUGCUCUUUUUGACCGGCGGCCUCGGCGGGCGCGAGAGGGCGAGGAGCGGGCUCGCAGUUGCGCAGCUGGCGCUCACAGGCGUUCCGAUCACACUCCUGUUUAUCUCGGUCAUUGUGGCCUCGCUCCGGGUAGCCAUGCCGAGCUUCACGCCUGCGCCACGGUUGCGGGCGAGCAUGACCAACGCGCUCGCGCUCUUUACGCUUGUGUGGGAGUUUAUGCAGCUUGUGGCCAUGUCGAUUCCGGGCGUGCGGUGGCCAGGCGUGGUGGGGACGACGGUCAAGGUGUUUCUCCUGGACAUUGGCGCGCUCUUUGCGCCACUGUUCUGGUGCUCAGUGGUGCUUGGGUGUGCGCUCCGGGCUGCGCUCGAGUUUCCGCGGCUCCAGUCGUUUAUGCACUCUGUGGGGCUCAACAUCACGCUCAAUCUUUCGUCGUACCUCGCGUUUGCGUCUGCGCUCUUCUACCUCCCGAUCCUGCACAAUGCGCUUGGGGCGCUGGCUUGCUCGUACCUGGAGGCCGAGAGCAAGGCGCGCGAUGCGCUUGUCCUCCACCGCAACCCGGAUGUAGAGUGCUGGAGCGGGGCGCACUUUGUGUUUGCGCUCGGCGCCAUCGGCGUCCUCCUCAUCUACUACCCAAUGGCUGUGCUCUCGAACCCGAUUUGGCAAGAGCGCAACAUGCGGCUCGACGUCCGGUUCCAUCCCGACUACUUGCUUGUGGUCUCGCAGGCCAAGAUGUUCUUCUCGGUGGUGACUAACUUUACCCGCGAGUCGACGACGCGGCUCUCGAUUCUGCUUGUCUCGUUCCUUGCCAUGACGCUCUACACGCUCUACUCGCGCCCGUCAUCGUCUGUUCUCGACAUCUGGCGUGGUCUCUCGUUUCUGGGCGCGUCGGGCAUGGCCGGCCUCGGCCUGUGGGUCACGCACGACGACUCGGUCUCUAUGUCGGUGGUGGUUGGCAUUCUCGCAGCGUGGUGGGUCGUUCUCGGCGCGCUCGGCACCAGCGCUACCCUCUGGGUCUGGCACGUCCACACGCGGAGCAUGAAAGCGCAGCUCUCGAUGACGGGCUCGUUCUUUGGCCCGCCUACCUCGCCGGGCCUCUCGCCGGGUGGAGGCGGCGGACUCGGGCUAUCGCUUGGUCCCCUGAGUCCGCUUGGCGACGUGGAGAACACGUCGCCAUGCCUGGCGGCGGACUCGGACUCGUCGGGCUCGUCGAGCUCGUCGUCGCUCCGCGGCGGCAAGACCAGCGCCGAGCAGUCGUCGCCGACUGUGUGCCGGGUGGCGCGGCCGUCGGCGGCGCUCGAUGACACGAGCUCGGGGAGCGACGGUGUGCUGGGCAUGACGAUGGUGUGCCGCUCGUCCCGGUCGGGCUCCAAGUCUGUGUAAAAGAAGGCCAGCGGGA